GUUACGCUACCAUGUGUAAAACGAUCAUACUACCUAAAAACGACUCCAGAAAUCAAAUAAAAAAUUAGUAUUUAAGCUAGAAUCAAGAAAGGAAAAACACCAUCAAAAUUCUCAGAAUCAAGAAAUGGAUUCAAACUCUCUUCCUCCUCUUUCAGACUCUAUUCAACUCCCAGUUAUUGAUUUCUCGGAUCAAAACCUGACACCAGGAACCUCAAAGUGGGACAAAGUGAAGGCUGAAGUCCGUAAAGCUUUAGAAGACUAUGGCUGUUUUGAAGCUUUCUUUCACAAAGUGUCUUCUGAGCUUGAUACGUCUGUUUUUGAAGCCAUAGAAGAGCUUUUCGGUUUACCGAUUCAGACCAAAGAGAGAAACGUGUCGUCAAAACCCUAUCAUGGAUAUCUAAACCGAAAUCUUUACGAGAGUUUGGGGAUAGAUGAUGCUAAUCUUGCGGAUAAAGUCAAGGACUUUACCCAGCAGCUAUGGCCUGACCAUGGAAACAAGAGAAUUAGUGAAACGAUGCAUGGGGUUUCUGAGAAAUUAGCAGAACUGGAUGUGAUGGUGAGAAGAAUGAUACUGGAGAGUUUCGGGAUAGAGAAAUACAUUAACGAACAUCUUGAUUCGACAAAUUACCUUUUCCGGAUGAUGAAGUAUACACCACCUCCUCCUGUUGAUGAUGAUGUAGAGACCAAAGUCGGUUUACCUUCUCAUACCGACAAGAACAUCAUGACAAUACUUCAUCAGUAUCAAGUUGAGGGUUUAGAAAUUCAGACCAAAGACGAAAAAUGGUUCAAAGUGAAACCAUCUCAUCAAUAUUCUUUCAUCGUCAUGGUUGGAGAUUCUAUGUGUGCAUUUUUGAAUGGUCGAUUGUCUUCUACAUAUCACCGAGUCCUGAUGACAGCAAAGAAGACAAGGUAUUCGACUGCACUGUUCUCGACUCCAAAAACUGGAGUUAUCGUAGAUUCACCUCAAGAACUUAUCGAUGAAGAACAUCCACGUGUGUUCAAACCCUUUGAAUUCAAUGAUUACCGUGACUUCUAUAACACGGAAGCUGGGUUUGCAGCUCAGUCUACUCUCCAUGCUUUCUGUGCUCUCUGAAGCAUCAUUUAAUAUAUCCGCAGCAAGGAAUGUAUAAUGGCUUUAUGUUUGAUUGUUUAAAUCCAUCCAAUAAUAUUUUUGUGUGUUUACGUUUGAUGUAUUUUUCUUUUUGUGUAGCGACCAAUCAACUGCUUUUGUUAUUUGAUAUGUUUUCACAUAAUACAUGGUUAAUCUGA